ACGACUUUGCCAGAAUCUAGCUUGAUAACGUGCUACUUAGCGUACGUUACCUUCAAUUUUACACAUAUGGUGUCGGUUUGAAAGCAGCUUUAAUCGCCUCAACACAAGGUGUAAUUCUACCCUCCCAUAAAAUAUACACAGGGAGGCUGAUAUUCAUCCCUCCAGUUCCCAGGGAUCCCUCAGCCUGCCCUGAUGAAGGCCGAGCAAGACGGAGACCUCCUCGAAGAGGACUCCCCUCAGGAGAAUGGAGUCCAGACGAACCAGUACAGCUCCAUCUCUCCUCCUGCCUCCCCGGUGGCCGACGACGAGCCCUUCUCCACAUACUUUGAGGAGAAGGUGGCCAUUCCCAGCGAUGUCAGCAGGGUGUUCAGUUUCCGCAAACUCUGGGCCUUCACUGGACCCGGGUUUUUGAUGAGCAUCGCUUACUUGGAUCCAGGGAACAUUGAGUCUGACCUGCAGUCUGGAGCUAAAGCUGGCUUUAAGCUCCUAUGGGUUCUCCUCGGGGCCACCAUCAUUGGGCUGCUGCUGCAGAGGUUGGCUGCACGCCUCGGGGUCGUCACUGGGAUGCACCUGGCUGAAGUCUGCAACCGCCAAUAUCCCACAGUUCCUCGAGUCCUCCUUUGGCUGAUGGUGGAGCUGGCAAUUAUUGGUUCAGACAUGCAGGAGGUCAUUGGCUGUGCCAUCGCUUUUAACCUUCUCUCCGUGGGCAGGAUUCCACUGUGGGCAGGAGUCCUCAUCACCAUCACGGACACAUUUGUGUUCCUCUUUUUAGACAAAUAUGGCCUGAGGAAACUUGAAGCCUUCUUUGGCUUUCUCAUCACCAUAAUGGCUUUAAGCUUUGGCUACGAGUAUGUGCUGGUAAAGCCAGACCAAGGGGAGCUACUGAAGGGCAUGUUCGUUCCUUACUGUGCCGGCUGUGGACCUGUGCAGCUGGAGCAGGCGGUGGGAAUUGUCGGCGCUGUCAUCAUGCCCCACAACAUCUACCUGCACUCAGCGUUAGUCAAGUCUCGAGAAAUCGAUCGCAAAAAUAAGAAGGAAGUAAAGGAGGCUAACAAGUACUUCUUCAUCGAGUCAACUAUUGCUCUCUUCAUCUCCUUCCUCAUCAACGUCUUCGUCGUAGCGGUCUUUGCUCAGGCCUUCUACGGUGUAACCAAUAUAAAAAUGCAUGAAGAGUGCAAUGCAACCGGCAGCCCAAACGCACAUCUCUUCCCCCUCAACAACGAAACACUGGAGGUGGACAUCUACAAAGGGGGGGUAGUCCUGGGCUGCGUCUUCGGCCCUGCAGCCCUCUACAUCUGGGCGAUCGGGAUCCUGGCAGCUGGACAGAGUUCCACCAUGACAGGCACUUAUUCUGGGCAGUUUGUUAUGGAGGGUUUCCUGAACCUGCGGUGGUCCCGGUUUGCGCGGGUGCUGCUGACCCGCUCCAUCGCCAUCACGCCGACCCUGCUGGUGGCCAUUUUUCAGGAUGUUCAGCAUCUGACGGGGAUGAAUGACUUCCUCAACGUGCUUCAAAGCAUGCAGCUUCCAUUUGCUUUGAUCCCAAUUCUGACCUUCACCAGUCUGACAUCUGUAAUGAACGACUUUGCAAAUGGACUGGUGUGGAAGAUUUCCGGAGGCAUCGUCAUCCUGGUGGUUUGUGCAAUCAACAUGUACUUCGUGGUGGUUUACGUGACAGCGCUGAACAGCGUGGUGUUCUACGUUUUUGCUGCUCUGUUCUCCGUAGCCUACCUGUGCUUUGUAGGCUACCUGGUAUGGCACUGUUUGGUUGCCUUGGGGGUUUCCUGCCUGGACUUUGGCAGCAGGAUGCGGCACUCAGACAUUUACCUGCUGACUGACAUGGACACUGACACUCUGGUGGAGAGAUAGAAGGACAUACUGUGACCCGACAUGCGUGGGACCACUAAAACUUGGCCAGUAUGUGUUCGUUGUCACCUCUCUGUGCCUAACACAUUUUUAAAGUGUCCUUACACGGCACACAGUGUGGUACAGCCACUGAUGUCUGAUCCAGUGAUGGGUGUUUUCCAUCGCAGAUGUCUCUGCAACCUCAGCUACAUAAUGUUUAUGCAAAUAAUGGUUAAAUAUAUCCGGAAGAUUAAUGUUCCUGUGACUCUGACACAGUGAACUACAUCAAAACAAUCACACCUUUAAGUCUGACUUUGCUAACCAAACACUACUGUGAUUAAAUGAUUGCUUUCCUUUCAGUACAAUAGUUAAACCAUUAUUCCACGUUAUUGAAAUGUUAGAGUCAGAGACACAGUUGGCUGUUUGCAGCCAAUGCUGCAGUAAAGAUACUUUGAACCUCCAAUUUGGCCACCAGGCUGCACAUUUCGUGAAGUUUUUUUUAAGGUACACUAAGUAACUUUUUUGAGUAUUCGGUUAUAUGGUCCUAUAAUCUUGAAGAGAGACCUCAAGAUGGACAGUGUGCUUUUGUAAUUGUUGUUUACAAUACAAAUACAAAUGUAACCAAAAUGUUUAUGCCAUUGAAGUACAUCUAAAAGUACUUUUUAGCUCUUACAAUACAAUAAUCCUUUGUCAGAGCUCAAAGAAAAAGGCUUGUUUACAUUUGAAGGGCCAUAAAAAAAUGCUACUCAGUGUACCUUUAGUCUUUCACUUCUUUGUGGUAGGGCUGACAUGACAUAAACAAAUCUGAUUUUGCUAUUGUCACACAGAGUGAGAACAAAAACAAACUUCUAAUGUGAAUUCUGUAUGAUUUAUUCAUAAAAAAAAGAGUUUAACAUUGCAGCAUGAUGUUAAAAUUUUUUUCGACUUGCAGAUACAAUCUUAAGUGAUUUAAAUAAUAAUCUAGAUAUUAAUAUUAGACUACGAAAAUGUUAUAAUAUAAUGGAUAUGAAGACUUGAGAAAUAUACAAGGCAUUUAUGUGUGAUUAAUCCCAAUAGUUCCUGUGUUUUUUUACUAUAUAAAAAAGAAUGACAGUUUUACGUCAUUUUAUGCACAGUAAUGCAUCUAUUUUAGAUGCUGAGAGUCUCUGUUUGUAUCCUUUGUAUUUCCAAGUCUUGAGGACCGGUCUAUUGUAAAUCAUUAAAUUAAAGCCAACAUGUGUGGGAUGGUAUCUAAACUAUGGCAGCAGACACCCACUUUAAGCUAAAUGAUAAUACAUGUGUUCAACACAUGUAUACAUUCCCGUUAAAUUAAUUUAUGAGUUUUAGGUCAUACAUUUGCAGUCGACAUUUAAUAUGAAUGAUCAGUGCUGAAUGCUGUCGGGUCUCGCAAAUUAGAAAAUAUAAUUAUCGUCUAUCUUCUAUUAUUUCUAUUUAAUUUUUCUUUAUUCAUUUUCAUUUUCAGUUAAGCUUAGGCCAGUUUGUUUAAAAAAUGUUUAUUUAUUUUUUAAUGUAUGUAUGGAGUUUAAGUGGUUGUUAAGUUUGGUUUAAAAUAUUUCUAUUUUCUUCAACUUUUGGGGGAGUUAUAUCAGCAACUAGCCUUUUUUUAUUUUUAUGAAGCCAAAUUUGGGCACAGGUGUGAUGUACACAAAAGUGCAUUAUAUUACAAAAAAGUAGGGCGUUUUAUAUCUGAAAUGAAGUUGAAAUUGUUACUGUGGUGCAAAUAGGUGAGGUCAAGUAAAGCUAAAUAUGAGAAGUAAUUGUGUUUUAUCAUGAGUUGCAGCAUGGGACUUGUCCAUUAUAUCUCAGGGCUCCUCGUGUCCUGGUAAAAGAGUUCUGUUACUCCAGAGUUUCAUGGGAGUUUUUUAAUUGUACAAAACUUGAACAAGUUUGACUGUUUCGAAUGUGUGAGACAAGUGUUAGCUUAGCAACAGAGUGCUAAUAUGACAAAUACCUCUAAUUGUGACAGGAUGAUACUUGCAUGUCUUGCGCAUGACUUAUUGUGCACUUCAGUUACUUAGCAAAAGCAUUUUUUUUCUUUUUUCAAGAUAUUUUUUUGGCCAUUUUCAAGGCUUUAUUGAUAGUGGGAGACAGAGUGGAAGACAUGCAGGAAAGGGCUCAGAGUCGAUUUCGAACCUGGGCCGCCUGCUCACGAGGACAAUGCCUCUAUGGUACGCGCUCUACCAGGUGUGCCACCGGGAUGCCCCAGCCGUUUUUUCAAACAGAAAAUAAAACAAGCAAAAAGAGUAGAGAGACGACAACAGAGAAGAAGAAGGAAAAUUAUAUGAAAAGAUUGUGCCAAACUAAAUAAUCCAUAAUAAAAACAAUUUUGAGAUAUAAUGCACUGGUAGUUUGGGCUGAUAAAUGAAACAAACAUUUUUCCCCUUGACCAAAUACUGAACUGCACUUGUAUGUUAUAAUUACUGUGCAGACAACCACAGUGCCUUCUGUAUUCACCAAUGUGCCUCAGUUCAAAGAUCUCUUGCACACUCUUCAGUCAAAACUACUACAAACCAAUACAAUAAUUUCACAUUGUUGUAAGUGGAGCAACACAACUGUAGUACUUUGAGUAAAACUGUUAGCAUAAGAAUAUAUAUAUGUUGUUGAUGAGGUAUAGAGAGGCUGACAGUAUCAUUUUUGAAAGUCUAAUAUAUUUUCAAAUUUGUUUCUCAUCUUGCCAAAUUUGUUUUUUCUCUUUGUGUUCUGCAAUUACCAUCAUAUUUCCUGAAAGAAUAAUAUAUUUCUUUGGAUAUGUAUAUGUAUAUUUUUUUCCCACAGCAAGAUGCAUACUAUUAUCAAAUUCUCAUGUGACUUUAAUUCCAAGUUUGUAAUGAUGUUUUGUUGAAUUUAUGACAUAUAUUUGUGUAAAAGAUCUUCUGAAAAAACAUUAAAAUAAACAAACGGCACUUGAUUACAAACGAAAUGGGCCAAAAGUGUAAUUAAAAGCAUAAAAGUUACAAUUGUAAGCUCUGUAAUAAAAUACUUGAUGGGACACUUGAUGGGAUCACAGCAGAAAGUUAAUGCUUAGUAGUUAUCGAAUGAUGAUGGAAGAACAUGUCACUGUACGACGCAUUCAUUUGUUUGAAGAAUAUAAGUUAGCCGUACAUCUCCAUAUGACCUUCUGGCUCUUAUCACUCUCUUCUAGUGAAAACUAUCAAAAACAUGGUUUUGCCCUUAGUUGUACCAUGUUUGUGGUUUGCUUCAUCAUUUGUUGCAUCGUCAAGUAUUAAGUUUCUGAAUAUGGGAACACCUGUUGGAACCAUUUUCUGGUUCCAUGGCCAGACAAUAAAUUGGUACUGUAUUGCAUUGUAAAUUACAUUCAAUGUGUUAUUUCUGAUUUGAUUCAAUUGUUCACUAUGAUACAGUAUUGGGACCCUACAAAAGGGUGAGUUUCUGAUUUUUAUUUUAUUUUAGUCACCAGAUCAAUAGUUUUAAAUGAUCCACAACCUUAUAUGUUUGAAUAUUGUUUUUCUUGUUGAAUAAAAAAGUAAAUCUAUCUAUUCCUAAGCUGU